UCGCUCCUCACUUACACAUUCCGCCAACACAAACAAACAGACGACUUCUGUGGCUGUGUUUUCUGAUUAUCCUUGUGUUACACUGAUAACGUUGUAAAAUAGUUAAUCUGUUGCACGAGAGUUUUUGGUCCAAGUGUGUUUAUUUGCUGUUUGUGUCAUUCACAUUAGUGCUGGGUACAUUAAGAGGGAAGAUGGAGGACGACUUGGAGUAUUUCAUAACCUUCCCAACGCCCACCCCGAAGGAGACUCACAAACGGACCGACUCAGGGGACAACGAUGAAGAUGAUGACUUUGUGUUUGUCAAUGGAGCAAAUGGGGAAAAAGAACCAGUGGUGUUCCUCCUGGGUUGGCUAGGUGCUCAGGACCACCAUCUGGCAAAGUACUGCAGCAUAUAUAAUCAAAAAGGAUGUAUUACAAUCCGCUACACCUCCCCAACAUCACUUAUUUUUGCGAGACAAAAUUCAAAACUUUCCAUUGCCCAGAAACUGCUGGCAUUGCUAAGAGAUAUGAGUUUAGAUGAUCAUCCAGUUUUCUUCCACAUUUUUAGUAACAAUGGAUCAAUGCUUUAUUAUUCCUUGACCCAAGCCUUGGCUGAAACAGAUUCUCCUAAUAUCUUGGUCAAAGGAUGCAUCUUUGAUAGUACUCCAGCUCCUAGGCGACUUUAUACAGCUGUGCGAGCAAUGUACUUUGCGACUUCAGGGCCCAUUUGGAAGAAGCUGUGUGCAGCACUGGGGAUGGCACUCUAUUACCUGAGUUAUGGGAUAUUGUCUGUAUUGUGGACUAUCAUCUCUGGUAAACUUCCCAAACAUGCUCCCUGGGCUCUUGUCGAGGAUCCUGCUCGUUGCCCCCAAUUGUUUUUAUAUUCCCGGGCGGACAAGUUAAUAGGGUCUGACGAUGUUGAGUUUUUCAUCGCAGAGCGCCAGAAAUUGGGUGUUCCUGUUGUGGCAAAGUGCUGGGCUGACUCUUCCCAUGUUCAGCAUUAUAAGAUGUACCCAGAAGAAUACAGGGAGUCUGUAUACUCUUUCCUGUCCAUGUGCCUCAGUCAGGACGUGGCUGUUGUGGAGCAGCCCACAACCACCACUGAUGAUCGUAAACAUAAGAAUGAUUAAAUAGUAGAGGAAGGGUAGUUGUAUAAACAUGUAGUUUGGUGAUGGGUAAAUGAGAAGAGUCACUGUAAAUGCUUGUUGAUCGUAAAAAGAGCGUGUUACUAUAGUCCUGUAGUUUGGUGCUGAAGGUAAUAAGUAAAGGUGUCACUAUCAUUAUAAUUUGAUGAUGGCAAAAACAAAUUAUGUGUUGCUUUAAAUAACAAAAGGAGAUGCUUUAAGAAAGUAUUUGCCUUUCUGUAUCUGAUUAUCUUAACUUAUGGAUGUUGAUUGUGAUAAAUAACUACUGUAGUCAUCAAUAAUGUCGGUUAUUAUGUGUGUGGUGCUGAAGCUUGAAUUACCAGUAAUGUAAUCUUCGGUGACUUUCUGGUUUUUCUUUAACGUUGCUGUUUUUGGACUCAUUGUAUUUCAUCGACUUUGCUUCUAAAAACCUUUAUGUAUUCGUUCUUUGUACAUAUAUUAAGCUGCUUACUACAUGGUUGUUUAGGUCCAGUCAAGUUGCUAUUGGCAUCACUCUCAGUAUGGAUUUGAAAUAUAUACUAUAUCCUCCACACAAAAUUUAUGGUCCUUUGAGUACUGUGUCUAUAAAUUCUAAGUAAAGAAAUUUAUUUUGGUAUCUGAAACAAAACUUUUGAAGCCUUAUGUAUAAUUGCAUAUUCCAGAAUUAGUUGACACAUUCAUGAAGAACACUCCAAUCAUUAACCCCUUGGGUAUGUGGGCUCUCUGUGCUGAAUAAAAUUGUCUGGCAUUGGGAAAAUCAAAAUCAAACGUGAUAUCAUGUAGUGAAGCAGUUAAGAUCCCCGAGAAAAAUUUAUACUGCACUGAACUUAAAGAUUGUCUCAGAAAAUAUUUUUCCCAACAUUUUUCACUUCCCAGAGCUAAUAUUAACACACUGCCAGGGAAACUUACAGGAAUACUAUUACUGUACGCUGUAGACUUUUUGUCAGGUAUAUAACAUCAAAAUUAGAGUAAGGGUGAAUUGUUCAAUUCAAGGCUUAGAGUGGGAAAAUCAAGCCAAAACGAUUAUUUUUCUUGUUUACAUAGAAAGUAUUAUGUUGCUUAGAUUUUGUCCAGCAUAGUUACAGUAAAGAGUGUCAGUGCUCCUGUUUCUGUUGUAUUUUCUAUCUCUAUUAUAUUUUCUGAAUUUAUUAUUGUACAGUACAGGUUGGACCUUGCUAAUCUGGGACCCGAUAGCCCGGCAGCUUCGAUGGUUUGGAAUGGUGUCAUAGCUCACUUCUAGUGGCUGUUGCCACUAUUUUACCUUUAAGUACUUAUAAUUUACCCCCAAAUAUGCCUCCCAAGAGACCAGCAAGCAGUGGAAGUGGUGUAAUGCAGCAAAACGUAAGCAUGUGACAUUAACUAUUUCAGAAAAGAUGUGUUUAGUACUGAAGAAAUUAGACAGUUUUAGUACAUUUUAUGCAUUUUUUUGCCUUCUUUAACUUUGACUUCGAUGGUUCAGAAUUUUCUCUGAUCCGGAAACGGUCUGGUCCCAAGCUUCCUGGUUUAGCAAGGUCCAACCUGUAAUUCUACACCAGACUUUUACUCAUGAAAAGGGUUUUAUAGACUGCACUUUCUCCAGGUUGAUUACUCAUUAACAUUUGUUAGAGUUACAACAGUGCAUGUUGAAUUACCCCUACUUUAAAGAAAACUUUGAAAGAUGGUUGAUACAUCUAAGACUAGAAAAUGUGAUUUUCUGCACCAAAGAUAUCAGUAAUAUAUAAUUUUAGUAAUAAUAUAACUUAAUGUUUUGGAGGGAGGAGUCACUUUUGGACUCCACAGAUGACAUAAUUAUAUCAGACUUUGUUCCAUAGAUCUUUCUUGAAGACUUGUACCUCAUCAUGAGUGUGGAAUGAAUGUACAGGUACAGUGGUCCCUCAUUGUUAAAGGUAUUUGUAAAUCAGUUCAUGUAAACUCAAUUAUCAGUAUCAUAUA